AUGUUACCACCCGAGACGCGGUGGCGGCGAGGGCACAUCUUUGCCCACAGACGCUUCUCUCACGCGCGCAAGGGGGAGGGGGGCGCGGCCAUUUCGUCCCUCGGUCCACCCUCCCCAGCCAUCCUUCCAUCUCUAGCCGCACAGGGUAUAAUUCACUACCAACUACCCUACCACGGUCGAUGCCAGCAAUCGGCUGCUGCUGCGGCGGCGCCGGCCACUUGCUUGAUCGAGAAGAAAGGUCGGAAGGAGAUGCGAGGAGUGUUAGCAGCCGUCGUUGAAACUGCGUCGUCGUCCCCCUCCCUCCUCCGGGGCGCCGAGUUCUCUUUGCACAACGCAGCAGUGCAGGACAGGCUAGGGCAGGGCUCCCGCGAGCUGCCGUCGCCGCCACCGCCGCUGCUGCUGCUGUCGUGGACACUAAUGACGGAAGGCGGCCGGCGGGGUGAGGCACCGCUGCUCCUCUGA